UUAAAUUAUUUAUACAAGUUUAUGGCUGUAUUCUGUUUUGCUAAAGUUUUAGUUUUUUGUUGAUUGUUGUGGGAAAUCGGCCAUAAUUUUAUACUAUUUUUAAAUUUUUCGAUUUUUCUCCAAUUUAAAGAAGAUGUGGAGAUUAAAUGCCAUGUUGGUGCUCGGUUGUUCGCUGGUGCUCGUGCGCGCUCAGUUCCCACGAGUGUGCGUAACUCCAGAAGGUCUCAGGAGCGCGCAAUGCUGCCCGUCUCCAUCAAGUUUGGCGAAUGAUCCGUGCGGCGCAAACUCCGGGCGCGGGCAGUGCGUGGACGUGAGCGCGGAUGCGCGUGUACACGGGCCGCAGUACCCGUACGACGGACGCGAUGACCGCGAGCGCUGGCCGCUGCGCUUUUUUACGCGCGCGUGUCAGUGUAACGGGAACUUCAGUGGGUUUGACUGCGGCCGCUGCAGACACGGACUCACCGGAGACGCGUGCGACAGACCCGUUCCCGUUGUCAGGAGGAAUGUGAUGCGGCUCAACGCAGAGGAGAAGCGUGCGUUUGUGAAUGCACUCAACCAGGCCAAGCAAACUACCCAUCCGGACAUCGUGGUCGCGACCCGCCAUUACACAGAGAUUUUUGGACCUGACGGGAACACGGUUCAGUUUGAGAACAUCAGUAUUUAUAAUCUGUUCGUGUGGACUCAUUAUUAUUCGGUGAGUAAGACGUUCCUCGGUGCCGGACAGGACAGCUUCGGUGGCGUGGACUUCAGUCACGAGGGACCCGGGUUCGUCACGUGGCACCGGUACCAUUUACUGCAGCUGGAACGAGAUAUGCAGGAUAUGUUAGGAGAUCCCAGCUUUGCUUUGCCCUACUGGAACUUUGCCAUCGGAGGCAGUGAGUGUGAUAUCUGUACCGAUGAUCUGUUGGGAGCUCGCAGCACCUUUGACAUGAACUCCAUCAGCUCCAACUCCAUCUUCUCACAGUGGAGAGUCAUAUGUGAGAAUGUGGACGAGUAUGACACGCUAGGAACCAUCUGUAACAGUACGGAGACCAGUCCCAUCAGGAGAAAUCCCGCCGGUAACACCGCUCGUCCGAUGGUGCAGCGACUGCCGGAUCCAGAGGACGUGAAGGCGUGUUUGGAGCUGAACACGUUUGACACCCCACCCUUCUACUCAACUUCAUCUGACAGUUUCAGAAACACCAUUGAAGGUUACAGCGCUCCUCAGGGGAAUUAUGAUCCAGUGGUGCGUAGUCUGCAUAACCUGGCUCACCUGUUUCUAAACGGGACGGGUGGACAGACCCACCUGUCACCCAAUGACCCUAUUUUCGUCCUGCUGCACACCUUCACUGAUGCCAUCUUUGACGAAUGGCUGCGCAGACACGGUGCAGAUUUGUCCGUCUACCCGCUGGAAAACGCUCCCAUCGGCCAUAACAGAGAGUUUAACAUGGUCGCCUUCUGGCCACCAGUAACCAACGCAGAGAUGUUUGUCACAGCGCCUGAUAAUCUGGGUUACUCUUAUGAGGCGGAGUGGCCAGCUCGUCCUCUGACUUUCACUGAGAUGAUCACCAUUGGCGUGGUCGCCGCUCUUAUCGUUGUUGCGGUUAUAUUUGCGGCCACCACGUGUGCGGUCCGGUUACGCUCGUACAGGAUGGAGGGCCGUCAGCCUUUACUGGGAGAACACUAUCAGCGUUAUGAUGAUAAAACACAAUCUGUAGUAUAAACACAUCACCUUAAUGUUAUUUCUCUCAGUGUCAUGUUAAAUGUAUUUGAAGGGACAGGUCAGGUGAAAUUCUUUGUUAGAGUAACUAAAUAAAUGUGUCAUACUUAUAAUGGACACUUCUUACCUUUUAUAGACUAUGAUGCAAACAAUAUCACAGCAGUAAUAGAGAAAAUCACACCUGUCUCUGAAACAUGUGACCUUUCAACAUGAUUACAUAAUACGCAAGGUCACGCUGUCAUGUCACAACUAGUGCAAGAUGAGAAGUUGUGGUUUAAAAGUACUUUUUUGUUGAAAUGAUGAUGGUUUCACUAGAUAAGACCCUUAUGCCUCGGUUGAGAUCAUUUAGAGCCUUUAAAGUUGCAUUGAAACGGUAAACUGUUGAGGUCCACUAAAGUCCACUAUAUGGAGAAAAAUCCUGGAAUGCUUUCAUCAAAAAACGUAAUGUCUUAUCAACUGAACAAAGAAAAACAUAAACAUCUUGGAUGACAUGGGGGUUGAGUAAAUUAUCUGAUUUUUUUUUUUAUGAAAGUGACCUCAUAGAAAUCCUUUAAGACUUAAGACUUACAAAGACAGAAAUAAAACCACUAUUUA